AUGGAGUAUGAUGACAACAGAUAUAACUCAAGUAGAGAUGCACAUUUAAAUCUCAAACGUGCAGAAAAAGCUCACAUAUUGGUUAACAAGAUUCCAGCUCUUGUUGAUACUCUGGUCGGUAAAACUCAUGCUUGGGAGGAGGAUCGUGGCAUGCUAUUCAUCAAAGUUAGAGUUCGAAAGGGGGGAUUUGUUUUCAUUCAUGGCAUUGAAACAGAUUCUGUGGCUUCAAUGAGAUCCAAGGGGGACAGUGAUAGCUUGUUGCCGAUCCAAGUUUGGGUUGAAAUAGUAAAAGGUUUGAGGGGUGUGAAGCCUCUCUUUGUCAUCCCACAUGAGAAAGUGAGGGAGGAUGUAGAGGAAGUGGUCGGAGAUGACACACAUAUCCUCUUCAUUACCACUCCUGGCCAGCUAGCAGCUCUCGUUGAUGAUGCAAUCAGAGUAAUUGCCACAAACACUGCUGCCCUGCAACUCGCUAAUGCUGGCAACAAACCGAGGCCUUUAAGUUGUGAUUUAAGUAAAAGGUGUGUGAAGGAUAACUAUGGUAUUACUAGCAAUAUAAGCUAA